UUCUCUAGUCAUAUUUUUAUUUUUAUCAUCCGACAUUCUUAAUACAAAUAAUCAUCUUAAAUACUUUAAUCAACAACUACGCUACUACACCAAUCCAUCUCAAUUACCUAUAUAUCUACAUACAUAUAUUGUGACUGUGAUAUAUACAUAUAUCUUGUACUAGUGGGUGCAGUGUUGUAAAUAUUAAUUGCUUGACAAUGUUAGCUGUGAUGUCACCUUUAGGAAACAACAACAACACCAACACCAACACCAACAAAACAAGUAGAGAUGAGAGAUGUGAGAUGAUUGGGUUUUCAGUGGGAGAAGUAGAAUUUCCGGAUUUCUCGGAUGAUAAUCUGAUUGAAAGUAUCGAUUUUGAUGAUUUAUUUGUGGGGAUGGAUGAGGGGGCGGCCGACAUGAUGUUGCCUGAUUUGGAAAUGGACCCCGAACUCCUUGCCUCGGCCGCGGGGGAUUUCUCUCUUAGUGGCGACGGAGAAGAUUCCAAUUCGUCUAAUCAUCAGUUUAAUAACAACACGAGUGUCGAUAGUGUUAGUGUUUACGGUGUUGAUGAAUACAUAUCAACAAAACAAGAACAAGUAGCAGCCGCAGCAGAGGAUGUGAAUAUAAGAGAUGGAAGCAGCUGCAGGAAUAAUAAUCCGAGCCGAAAGGAUACAGACGAAACCGAUAUAGGUGGAGGACGUAAAUCUUCUUCUACUUCAUCCAAGAAUAAUUCAUCUCAAGGGAAGAGAAAAGUAAAGGUUGACUGGACACCUGAGUUACAUCGGAGAUUCGUUCAAGCGGUGGAACAGUUGGGGGUGGAUAAGGCAGUCCCUUCAAGAAUCCUUGAGAUUAUGGGUAUUGGUUGUCUUACUCGCCAUAACAUUGCUAGCCAUCUUCAGAAAUAUAGGUCUCACAGAAAACAUUUGCUUGCGAGAGAAGCAGAGGCGGCGAGUUGGAGCCAAAGACGUCAAAUGUAUACACCAACGACAGCAAGAACAACAACAGGAGGAGGAGGCAAGGGAAACUGGGUUGCACCAAUAACACCAACUAUGGGCUUCCCUCCUCAUUAUAGGCCAUUACAUGUAUGGGGGCACCCCUCCAUGGAUCGACCUUUGAUGCCUAUGUGGUCAAAACACACCCCUAACUCACCACAUGUUUGGCCACCAACAUGGCAUCCUCAUCAUCAAAGACCACCGUACCUUCCACAAAUUUUACCACAAACGAGAUUUCCAUCUUCCCAUGUACAAGUCCCAUGUAUCCCACCAUCACACUCUAUGUACAAAACAGACACCAACAUAAGCGUUUCCACUCCUUCCACUGGACAAUCUUGCCCGCAACCAGUGUUAGAUCUACAUCCUUCUACAGAGACAAUUGAUGAUGCAAUAGGAGAAAUAUUAUCAAAGCCAUGGCAGCCUCUCCCACUUGGACUAAAACCGCCAGCGCUUGAUAGUGUUAUGGUAGAAUUACAAAGACAGGGAAUCCAAAAAGUACCUCCUCCUACAUGCUUUUGAAGUUUCUGCAAAUCCAAUGCAGAGACAUAUUGACCCCAUUCAAUUCGACGACGUUUCAUGCACCUCGAUUUGUGACACCUGAUGCAUGUGUGACUUCUCCUUUUUUUGGUGACGUCUAAUCUUCGUGUAUCAUACAAACAGUUUUAACUUGAGAUCUAUAUAUUAUUUCUGAAUUGUUCUCUA